UUACCAUCUUAGUAAGUUUAUUUUAUCAGUGCUUAACGGCUCAACCGCUUAUUUAUUUUCUACCAAGCAUAUAUGUGUACAAGUGUAUAUACAUUGUACAAUUUUUUAGAAAGAAAAUGUCGAUUGGCGUUCCCAUUAAAGUGCUUCACGAGGCUGAGGGUCACAUUGUUACCCUUGAAACAAACACCGGCGAAGUGUAUCGAGGAAAAUUAAUAGAAGCGGAAGACAAUAUGAAUUGCCAGAUGCAAAAUAUUUCAGUGACGUAUCGCGACGGUCAUACGGCUCAGCUGGAAAAUGUAUAUAUUCGCGGCUCCAAAAUUAGAUUUCUUAUUUUGCCUGAUAUGUUAAAAAAUGCGCCGAUGUUUAAACGACCAGGCGGCAAAGGAUCCGGCACUGCAGGAAGAGGAAAGUCUGCUAUACUACGUGCCCAAGCUCGAGGCAGAGGUAGAGGACAGAAUCAACGAGGUAAAGGUACUGGUUCAGCACCUUGGCUAAAUCAAAAUCAACCAGGAGGAUCUCAGUCUGGAAGAGGCAGAUAAAUAAGUUAUAUUUAAGUAAAUUAAAAAAAGUGAGGUUUCAUCCAAAAAAUGAGUGACUUUUUUAUAUAGUCUCUAUCUCUUUCUAAAUAAAUCUGUUUCCAAAAUAA